GACGUGUGACGCAGUCAGUGUUUCUGGAGGAAGCUAACGAGGAAACCUCAGGCGUCGUAGAUAGAUAAACACCCGGGAGAGGUGUGAACCCAGCGAGCGCCCAGCUGUCACACAACCGAGAGAACAGCUCCACAGGUCGGACCGAGUCCUCCACACAGCGAGGGUCGACAUGUCUGAGACGUACGAUUUCCUGUUUAAGUUCCUGGUGAUUGGCAGUGCUGGGACUGGGAAAUCCUGCCUCCUGCACCAGUUCAUUGAGAACAAGUUUAAACAGGACUCCAACCACACCAUCGGCGUGGAGUUUGGAUCCAGAGUGGUGAACGUUGGUGGAAAGACGGUUAAGCUGCAGAUAUGGGACACUGCUGGACAGGAACGAUUCCGUUCUGUAACUCGCAGCUACUACAGAGGAGCUGCUGGAGCCCUCCUGGUCUAUGACAUUACCAGCCGGGAGACUUAUAAUGCCCUGACCAACUGGCUGACAGAUGCACGGACACUGGCCAGUCCCAACAUUGUUAUUAUCCUGUGCGGCAACAAGAAAGACCUGGAUGCAGACAGAGAGGUGACCUUCUUAGAGGCCUCACGCUUUGCUCAGGAGAACGAGCUGAUUUUUCUCGAGACCAGUGCUCUGACAGGGGAGAAUGUGGAGGAGGGUUUUCUGAAGUGCGCUCGCAUCAUCCUCAACAAGAUAGAAUCAGGUGAGUUAGACCCAGAGAGGAUGGGUUCAGGUAUCCAGUAUGGAGACGCGUCGUUGAGGCAGCUGCGGCAGCCAAGAGGCACCACCACACAGAAUAAGCAGCAUUGUAAUUGCUAGGGAUCGAGACCCUACGCUCACCUACAGGCCGACAGAGACUGGGCAUCCCCUACAGCUCCAGGUGUUUUUUGGUGUGUCGUCCCUCUCUCUGCGGACUCACACACCUUGGAUCACCUGGACAAAUGAUCGUGGAGAUCACUGCAACCCCUGACCCCUGACCUCUGGUAAGAGUCACUACAUCUUACCUGAGGGGGUCAGCAUUGCACCUGUGUCUGGACAGGGAAACCCCUCAUUAUGAACACACUGCGAUCGUAAAGACGGGGAAUCCUCUUCUUCAAAAAUCACUUUCUCAAGUCACUGACCAGACAAGGACAAGUCGAGGGUUGUGUGUAUGGGCUGCCCUGCUGUUCUUCUCUCUGUGUUUAUUUUUUUCCUCCUGGUUUGAGUAACAAUUUCAUGCUUUCUGCAUUUGCACGUCAUUGUUUGUAAGUUAUUAUCUGUAAAUUGAGUUGCACCUGUUCAUUGUUCAGACGGUCUGGUAGGACCCAUGAUUCGUUUGGUCGGCGCUUUUGACUUUUUAUUUUCGAUGAUAUUUCUGUUUUUAUUUGCCAUUAUGUUCACUGUACUUAUAAGUUCAGAGUUGUAUUGAUAGUGACUGAGUUAUAAAGAGUCUAAACAUAGACAGAUUUUGGACUAGAAUUAUCAUAUAGAAAUUUAAACCAGAUGUUAUUCAAAUCUUAACGAAGGUUUCCGAGGUUUUGGCUGUUAAUACCUUUUAUCUGAUCUUAAGACUGAGGCAGCUCAUCAGUUAUUUCUGAUUUUUAAAGUGACACUUAAGUCCUAAUGUAGAACCCAGGUUAGUCACUCUGACGUGUAGUCUUUUUUUGAUUUGCCUUAAAACACAUUGUUUUAAUGUAGAGUAUUGGCCUUAGUAAUAUACUUGAUAUUGUGGAUCUACAGUAUAUUAUUCCCAGUCUCCAUGUCUCUAAAGUGUGAUAGGAACUGGUCCCGUUACACCAUUAUACAUCCACAUAGAGAAGCCUGUGGUUCAGGUUGAAAGCACAAAAAAAGAGAACUAAUGCUCUUUAUUUUAUCCCAAAGUCCCCGAAAUCUGUAGAUAUAUCUCAUCAGAUUCACACCAUGUUCAAGUCUCAGUGUCUCUGCUCCGAUCACAGUGAAAGACAAACCAAGGGUCAUCAGUCUCUGCAAAACUAAAACUGUUUCUGACUCCUCCUGCUGCGAUUUUUCUCUCUCCAUGACCUCCCUUUGAUUCACACUGUUCUACAUGCACAUACUGCAUGAGGGACGUCACAGGAAACCACAGUUGGUUUUGCCUCAGUGCCAUGUUUGGGGAAACUUUUCUGCCGCCCACCCAGUUCCCUCACAGCAGCUCAACGCUGUUGAAUCAUGCAUGGCUGUAAGUUUGCCUUGAUAAAUGUCAGGAACCUGGAUUUAACCCUCUGAGUAGUUUUCACUUCUGAUUAUUGAGCACGGAAGCAGCUCUGCUGCAAAAUGUUUGUUGAGCCAACCCAGAUGUUUUGUCCUGAGAGCCGGCCCUGCGUUACCCCAAAGAGAACCUGGGAAAUUCCCCUCUCAAAUCCGGUUUCCUCUUUCGGUAUAACACUGAUGGUCUGGAUUGUGGCGCUGCUGGGAAUAUGAGGUUGUGAGUUAAUAACCAAAACUGCACUGCUUCUGUCUGCACCACUGAGAGAGCAGGUCACACUGACCCAGCCGAAAGGAUAUCAUAACAAAAACUGCCUGCAAACUUCAGCCCACACAAUUCCAAGCUUAGUCGCUGCUUUCUUACAGACAUCGUGUAGGUCCGUGCUGGAAGCCGGGUUUGGGCUGCAUGCACCAUCCUCAGUCAUCAGCUUCGCAGCUGGUGGGGUGAAAGUGGAUUGCACAUCCACCUCCCCUUCAAUCAGAGCCGAGGCUAAUGGACUCAUCCACAGAGUCGGAGCCAUCCCCCAUGAUUACACCGUGUCCGGACACCCGGUCGGUUUAAUGCUCGGCAGGGUCAUGUAGCGAUGCAACGGCGUCCUGCUGGCUCCUGCAGGGUAUAGUACAGAGUGGGUAUCUGCCCCCGAGAUCUUGUUACCGCAUGUGCACAACCUCGGCAGUACCUUGCUCUUGUCCAUGGUGAGGGCAGGGUCCAUGAUUGUAAUCUCCUCCGUUAAAGUUGGAAGCGGUGAGUAGCUGGUAUGGUGGCUAGCUACUUAACUCAGGAAGCUAUGCAGCGUUCAGGUAGCGCUCGGCGACCGUGUGGUUAGCUCGCUCUAUGAACAGUUUGCUAGCCCGUUGGGCUCCACCUGCCGUCUGAGAGGAUGCUCCUAGUAGCCGGAAGUCUGAGGUGAUGACACGACCCCGGGUUUGUUAUAGUAGGAGGAAGUCCCUCCUCUAGUGGCCAACGUCACAUCUGCCUGCCAGUCAGGACUGGCAUAGUUUAAAAUUGUUUCUGGCGGACAGCGCGGAGGCGUGGGUCCCAAAGUGAAAUACCGAAAUGAAUGUUGAAAGAGAACCAUAUGUUUAAGCUCCUGUGAGCCAGCACGCCGAGGAGCGACAUGAGAUAUUAUUGGAUAUCAAGAGACAGAUGGUCAGGGGGGAAAAAAAAUCAUAAAAUAUUGGCAUAGUGUGAUAGUUUGUCUCCUUCUGCAAGUGCACUUUUACUUUCGAAUUUUCAUAUUUUGUUUGUAUGCUGUAACUAUAGAAUUGUACAUUUUAUUUGACUUGAACUGUAAUAAAGAUUUUAAUUGUAGAUGUUAUCAUUUCUUACUAAAUAACAACUGAAAGUCUUAAUUAGAAUUUAUUGUUUUUUUCUACUGUCACGAGGCGAGUUUGUUUUUCACUUGCUGCUGACGUGGGGGUAACGAUGAAAGGAUGUUGACUUCCUGAGCUGCAGGAGGACGUCAGCAACAUCUCUGAUCACUCACAGUCACAAGUCAGUUAUCAAAACAUCUGAAUGGUUAAACACUGUAGAACCAGAGUGAGCCUGCAUUCAUUUGUAUGUAUUCUUUGUGCAGUCAGUAAGAGCUGAUCAAAAUAGCCAUAUGAUAAACUUCAUUUUCUCACCUCUUCAGUCGUGUGAUGAAUGCAAUCCAACGCAGUUGUUGCUUAGUAAUUAAUGUUGUAUAAUCAACCUUAAUACUACUGUACAUCUCUAGUAACCUGUGCUGUAAAUACGAUUUGUCUUGUGGGUGAGUGUUGCUCAUUGAUUAUAAUGAUUAUGCAAUUCCCAGUAAACUGCUUGUUUUUUCAGUAA